AUGUCGAAUCUGCCGACGCGCCCGAAGCGUCGGAUCAGACACACCAAAUCACGGAAUGGUUGUUUUCCCUGCAAGAACCGGCGAGUAAAGUGCGACGAAGAACGUCCCAUCUGCGGUGCCUGCUUCGUUAGAAAUGAUGAAUGCACUUUUCCACCCCAGCAGGAGACACGUGAUCGGACACGAAGACAAACACAUUCUCGUCGUCAUCCAACAAGACAUGAUGGGGCUGAGACGGACAAUCCACCUGAAGCCAUCUUUUAUCCGUUAGAUUUCAACAUCCCUGACCCCAGGCCAGCAAAUCCCGAGCUCAGCUCCAGUGAUUUGAAUAUGCAGGACUUGAACCUCCUUCAACAUUAUAUCUUGCAUACUUCGAAAAAUAUCAGUUUAAAUCCUCGCAAAACUCUUAUCUGGGAGCGAGUGAUCCCGGAAAUGGCCGCUAAUGACACCUUCCUGAUGCAUUUGCUUCUAGCGCUAGCUGGUCUGGAUAUUCUGACGGCCAAGAAGCCAGGCCAGCACGUUCCUAUGAGUUCCGACUCAAUCACGCUUCGAGCCCUAGUUGAGCAUCAUCAAAAGGGUCUGCGAGGUCUUCAAGAGAAAUUUCAUUCUAUCGAGACGAGCGGUGAAGCGCUGUUUGCCGGGUCGAUGCUAAUUGUUGGCUUUGCAUUCGGCUCACUUCGAGAUGGAAAUUUGAACGUUUCUACACGGCUACUUCAAGAAAGUUCUACAGAAUACAACUCACCGGGUCCAUUGAUCUGCCCUGGUAAGCCUGGCAUAGAAUGGCUGCGACUUGUGCGUGGUGUCACCUCCCUGGCGGCGCAUUCCUGGAAGACUCUCAAAUUAAGCCGAUUGAGACCUUUGUUGAUAUUCAACAACGCCAACGAGGAUUGGAAGCUACUUGACCCAGAUCAUGUACCCACAACUGUCCCACCGGGACUCAUGCGCUCGGCUAGUUUAUCGGAAUUUUCCCGCGGUGCGCCUCAGGCCAUUUCGGAAUUGAGAGGAUUUUUGAGUGCCCUCAAAGCAACGAUGCUUGGAGUUGACAAUGACCUUCAUCCAUCGCCAAUAUCUGGUACUAGCUCUGCAUUCGAUGAAACUUCCCAGUUGCGUGACCUCUUUGAGGCACAGAGCCAGGCGAUUGAUGUGAUCGAGAAAAUGUAUUUGCGGAUCAAAUACGUGCUCCAGCUUCAACAGAUUGAGGCAUGUCCAACGUAUCGCGAAGUUCAGGCUGAGAUUGAAGACGCGGCUAUUGCAUCAUGGCCAACCCUUGUGCCCGAAAUAUUUAUUUCAUCACUGGAUUCGUCAGAUGAUAGACCAGACAUACCCGUUGGCUUUUCAUUCGUUGUUCUUACGCAUUUGUACUUGCUUCUUACAUUAUUGGAUGAUUUGUGGUAUCUUGGGGAAAACUUUGGCGCCGAGAUCAAAAAGAUUAAUAGUUUAGUUACCGAUAUUGGGAAUCCUGAGCUUUCUAAAUUGAUGGAGUGGCCGAUGGAUGUCGUGAGACUCCAGGCUGAAUGA